CAUGAACUAAACCAAAUGUUGGAAGUUUGUGUUUUUUGGCAUGUUGAAAGUUGAAACCCUCAAAGCCAGCGAAGUACCUGGACCACUUUCUUAGAGAUCGAUUAUUUCAAUUCUUUAACGUAUUUUAAGUUUCCAGGUAAAUUCACAAAGUAUAUCUUUUAUCAAAAAGCAGUCGUUGACUUCGACUUCCUGAGAAAGGCCACUAUAAUGGAUGUUCCCUUUCUGAAGGAUCAUCUUCUUCAUCUGUUCGAUAUGUUAUUGUAGAUCUAGUCUCAAAUUGCUCAUACCUUCCCAUCACCCAUAAUGGAUGUUCCCUUUUCUGAAGGAUCAUCUUCUUCAUCCAUUAAUAAUCACAAACAUGACGUAUUUAUAAGUUUUCGAGGUGAAGAUACUCGUAGGAACUUCAUUGAUCAUCUCAAUAAGACCCUCCAGCAUGCCAAUAUCUCUACCUUUUUAGAUGAAGAAAAGAUUGAUACGGGAAAAGUUCUGAAACCAGAAUUGGUGAAUGCGAUUAAAUCAUCUAGGGCUUCUAUUAUUGUCUUGUCCAAGAACUACGCUAGUUCAUCAUGGUGCCUUGAUGAAUUGGUUCUGAUCCUUAAACAACCCAACCAAAUUGUUAUCCCUAUCUUUUAUCAUGUUGAGCCCACCCAUGUCAGAAAGCAAGAAAGUACCUUUGGAGAUGCAAUUGCUGAGCACACACGACAGAUGAAAGCAGAGAAAGAUGCAGAUGAAAGAACUCAGUCUGCUCAAAGGAUUAAAGGAUGGAUUGAUGCGCUUAAACAAGUUGCUAAUUUAAAAGGGGAGGACGUACGGGGAUGGUAUGAGACGGUGUUCAUUAAAAAGAUUGUUGAUGACCUCAACUACAGAUUACAUGUACCCUCUAGAAGUGCAUUGCCAGAACCUAUUGGGAUGAAAGAUUCCAUUAAUUUUGUUACAUCAUGGCUGAAAAAAGAACCCUCAGAUAGGGGAGACGUACUCACUAUUUUUGGUAUGCGUGGGAUUGGGAAGACAUCUUUAGCCCAAUAUGUCCAUGGGUUACAUUGUUAUGAAUUUGUCACAAGCAGCUUUAUUAAAGACAUCGAUAGGAGAUGCGAUGACAAAUUGUAUGGGUUGCGUGAUAUAGCAGCAGAACUCUAUGGUUGCAUUUCAAAAGGAAGUUCAACUCAAGAUUAUGAUGUUUCCAAAUACACUUCAAAGAUAGAGAAUAUAGUAGCAAACGAAAAGGUGUUCCUUGUUCUUGAUGAUAUUAAUACUCUGGAUCAGUUAAAUGCAUUACUUGGAAGAAAAGGGUUUUAUCAAGGAAGCAAAAUCAUAAUAACGACAAGGAAUACAUGGUUGACAGAGAGUUGUGACUUAUUCAAGACGGAAGUUAAACCCACACAUGAAAAGCACAAGCUUGAAGGCUUAGAUGACACCGAAGCACUAGAACUUUUUUGUUCUCAUGCGUUCAAGUCCAAGGAUCCGAAGAAAGGUUAUGGAGAGAUGUCAGAAAAGUUUGUGAAUUAUUGCAGAGGACAUCGAUUAACUCUUGAAGUUUUGGGCAUGUCUUUGUAUAACAGACAAGAUGUGGCUUAUUGGGAAGAUCGCAUAGAAGGGCUAGGGAAAGACCCUGUAGAGAAUGAAUUGAGGAAGAGCUUUGACUCUUUGCCAUCGGACAAUGAUAAGGAAUUGUUCAAGCAUAUUGCUUGUUUUUUUGUCGGAACAGAUAGAGUUUAUACUGAAACAAUAUUAAAGGCAUGUAAAAUAAGAGCAAACUCUGGGAUCACUGAUCUCAUGGACAAUUGCCUUCUUAGUGUUGGAUGGAAUAACGAAUUAGUGAUGCAUCAGUUGCUUCAAGAAAUGGGAAGACACAUAGUACGUCAAGAAUCACCUGACAAGGCAUGGAAGCGAAGUCGGUUAUGGUGUCAUGAGGAGUCAUUCAAAGUGUUGAAAGAAAAAAAGGGUACGAGAAAGAAGAGGCAAAGGUUGACUGGAUCAUGCUCAAAAGACAAAAAGUUGCUUGGGAACAGGUUCAGUAGCAAACCGUAUGGAGGAAUUAGAAAGCACAAUGAGUAUCUUUCAAUCAAAAUCGAUUCCUUGGAGACUAAUAUGCAAUCAAUGAUAAAAACAAUUGGAAUUUGGUUCGGGAAGAAGAUUCGAGCUGCUUGUCAUGGCACGGAUAGAUGUGUUUUUCGAAUCGGUUGUCAAAUGAGCAAUGACAAAAGUGUUGAAAAGCUUGUUAUUGGAAGAAGAUUGGAGCUGCUUGUCUUGGGUUCAGAGUUGGGUUCGUAA